AUGACUGACGCAGCGCGGCGGAGUCGCACGCGGACGCGCCUGUACCUGGCGAAAUCGCCGGCGUCCCACGGCCCCCGAGCCCACCUACGAGGCUCGGUGACUCCUGCCGGACACGGGCUGCCAGGGUGGGCUCCGCUUCGGCUUCACCUGUCGGGCGCUGCUCCCAGGCGUCGCCCGGAUUGCGUCACUCAGGUGUCAGCCGGGAUCGUGGGGCCGGCAAGGGUCUGCUGGUGUCUGGCCGCCCUGCGCUGUGAUAAGGGAAGCCGGGAAUCCUUGCUCAAGGGAUUUAGUGUGCGUCCAGCGGCCACAGAUAUAAGCCGCCGGAGUGGGAGGGUAAGAGUGAAGCCUCUAGAGUUCUGGAACUUCGAGAAGAUCGAAGUGAAGAAAGCGGAUGAUGGCCAAGUGCAGGUGAUCAGCCACAAGUGGACAUUUCCGGAACCGCGGGAAGAGGAAGAUGGGAAACUAAUGGAAACGGUUCACAGCUACCACCCUGCCUCAACCACAUCCAAAGGUCAGAAAUAUUUUUAUCUUAAUGAAACUAAACAAGAAAAUUUGAAGGAAAAGAAGACUACUACAAAAGAGAUUGAAAAGGAACAAGAGAAAGAGAAAAAGGGUGGAAGCAGAAGUAAGGACAACACACAAAAAGAGGAGAGACAGGCAUCAAAAGAAAAGAAAGGAGAAAGAGAAAGAGAGGAGACAUCCAAUGAAGGAUCUCCAGGGAAGAGUCUGCAAAUUGUGAAGUUCAAGGACCUUUACUUCUUGCACUACCUCAUGAAGGAGUGCAACUGUUUCUUGGCCAAGAGCUAUGAGGAUCCCAAGCAUGGAGUGUUUGCCGGCUUUGUUUUCUUGGAGGGGGGUAGUCUCCUGUGGCAGGCCAAGAAGGACAUGUUUAUCAAGGUCAUUAGCGGACGUGGAACACUAAAGAUGGUGAACACAGAGACAAUGGAAGGAGUACACAUGGCACUGAUGAAUAAAGGAAGUGCUAAUAUUACCACAGGCACAAAAGUAGAAAUCAUCAAGGACCGAAGGUGCAAGAUGAUCAAGUUCUUUGUCGAAAUCAAGAGUGCGAAUUUGAAAGAGAAAUAACUAGCUUGAAAACUUGUUGUAAUACCACAUGCUUUAGAAAAAUUAUGAAUUUAAGUGAUGAGAUGAUAGUAGACAUUUCAAAGAAGAAUGUGCACAUGUAUCAUAUCCACACAGGAUGAUUUCUUAUCUUAGAAAAAUGAAUUCUUGGCAGACCUAAAAGUAAUAUUUUUCAUUUUUGUUUUGUUAAUGUUCCUCUUAUCCAUGUAGGAUGUAGGAGUUUGAGUUUCCCUUACGUUUUUCUACAGACUUGUUGAUUUUUACGGUGAAAUGUGGUCUGGGCAUAAUAAAUCAUACGCUUGAGUGUUUUGUAAAUAACAGAAUAGAAAAGAAAUCACAAACGUUUUGGUUAUGGGCAGAUCAGCAUAGUUGAUACAGGAGAGACGGUAAAUUUUUUAUAUUCCAGUUUUGUACCAUUGUCAGGUUUGCGUAUAUCACAAGUUACACGUUCUUGAGUCCUUGACUGUAUGAUCAUUGAUUUUACAUUGAUACAUACGUUUCAAUCCAACACGGAUAAUUUCUGUUCAGAUUAAGCUUUUGUGUAAUUUGCCAGCUAGUUCGUUCUGUGUAUGUAUGUGCUUCUUAGCCAUUAUAACAUUAUUCAGAUAUAUAAAAAAACACUAAUAAUAGAAAGGCAUAAGACUUAACUUGGAAUUUGUGAAAAUUAAGCUUUUUUUUUUCCUGUCACUUGCAUUGAAUUACUUCUUUUUUACUUGUACAGUUACUUUUUUCUUCCAUUAAAAAAUGUAUAUAUAUUUACUUUGAAAAUCAUACUUUCUUUUAGCUAUGAAUAAUUAUUAUACAUAUAUUAUUUAUGCAGAAAAGCAGUAAAACUGUAAGCUGAUAUGUAGAGAAAGCAUUUGAA